AUGAACGAGGAUUUUGGCCACUGCAAAAAGUGCAAUAAAAAACGGACAGGUUCAAAAUGGUGUCAAAGCUGUAAUGCUAAACGCUUGGAAGCCGAAUUUCCAAAUUGGACGAGCGGUAAUGAGGAACUCGAUAAGUUUCUUAGAGAAACACAGCUCACAGCAAGGUGCUGGCAAGAAGUAUUUGAGUGGAUUCCUUACGCAAAUAUUGCUGGAGUUGAGGAGGUUGGAAAAGGUGGCUAUGGAACCGUUUAUAAAUCAAAAUGGGAGGGAGGAUGUAUCAUGAGGUGGCUGUCUAAACAAAAGAAGUGGGAGCGUUGGGGAACUGAAUUUGUUGCUUUGAAAGUUCUCCAUGGAAGUUUUGACGACUUCAUGAAUGAAUUCAACCCUAACGGCUUUGAGUGCUAUGGAGCUACACAAGAUCCCAAUACUCGCUCAGAUGAGGACAUUGUGAAUCAAUUUAAAGCCGCUGAUGAAAUUGAUUCCUUACGAGACAAGUCACAACUAGUUCAUCAAUUGGCCUUUUACACUAGUCGCCGUUUACCAACAAUUCCUAUUGUCAAUAAUUACAAUACUUGUCAAUUCGAUCUCACACUACCCUGA